AUGGGUAAUCGAAGCGGUCGACAGCAACCAGUGUUUAUUCCAGCUGAUCCUUAUCCACAAUGGACUGAAUAUUAUAUUCCUACAGUACGUCGACAACGACCUGUCAUUUAUGUUGCCGUUCCUUUCAAUCCGUGCGGUGGUAUGGGAGGUUUCGGUGGCAUGGGAGGUCUUGGUGGCUUGGGGGGGGGUUUUGGUGGCUUGGGGGGAGGUCUUGGUGGCUUGGGGGGAGGCCUUGGUGGCUUGGGAGGAGGCCUUGGUGGCUUGGGAGGUCUUGGUGGCUUGGGAAGUCUUGGUGGCUUGGGGGGAGGUCUUGGUGGCUUUGGAGGCCCUGGUGGCUUGGGAGGUCUUGGCGGAUUACCUUUAUUUUAA